AUGGUCUUUCUCAUGGAGACCAAGAUAGAUGCUACGAAGUUACAAGUUGUUAGAGACAAGUGCGGUUUUAUGGACGGGUUAUGUUUGAGUAGUAGGGGUUUGUCGGGGGGUUUGGGGUUCUGGUGGCGAGAUGUGAAUGCUAGGGUGGUGCCUUAUUCAGCUCACCAUGUGUUUGUGGAAAUUUGUGAUGGGAAUAAUGUGCCAGUUUGGGCAGCGGUGGGUAUUUAUGGAUGGCCGGAAACGGAGAAUAAGCAUAGGACCUGGAGGUUGAUGCAAUCCCUUAAGGUGUCUUCUCCUCUUCCUAUGGUAUUUUUUGGCGACUUUAACGAGAUACUUCACGGUUCUGAAAAAGACGGUGGUGUGGCUCGACGGGAGAUACUUAUGGAUGCUUUUCGGGAGACGAUUGAGGGAUGUGACCUGCGGGAUUUGGGUUUCCGUGGGAGUACUUUUACUUGGCAGCGAGGUAAUGAUCCGGAUACGUUGAUUCGGGAGCGGUUGGAUAGAUUUUUGGCGUCUGAGGAUUGGUGUGCUUUGUUUCCUUACUCUUGGGUGCGGAAUUUUCCCAUUUAUAAAUCGGAUCAUGCUCCUAUUCUUCUUUCAGCAGAUGUUGCUCCACCACGACGGUCGAGGAAAAAGUUGUUCUAUUUUGAGGCGUUAUGGCUUUCCAAGCCGAAGUGUCAGGAGGUGGUGAGGCAGGCGUGGGAGAGCGAGGCUGGAACGGGUAUUGAGGGGCGGAUAGCUGCGUGCGCAGCGAGCCUAGGCACGUGGGCUGCUACGACUUUUGGUGAUCUGAAGAAGAAGGUGAAAGACAAGGAGGCUGAGCUUGAGUUGUGGCAAAAUAAGCCGCCGGAUGGGGUGAUGCUGGAGAGAUGUCGGGGAUUGGUGAGUGAGUUGGAUGAGCUGCAUCGACUUGAGGAAUCUUAUUGGCAUGCUAGGAGUAGAGUAAAUGAGUUGAAGGAUGAUAAAUACCGCGAUGUAGAUGGCGUUUUGAAAACAGAUGAGGAGGAAAUUGGUGAUGUUAUUUCGAAUUACUUCAUGGACAUUUUUUCUUCUUCUUCUCCGUCGGGAUUUGAUGAUGCAUUGGCAGGUUUGUCUAGGAAGGUGUGUGAUGUGGCAAAUGAUGCGUUGAUUGCUGAGCCUACGAGGGACGAAAUUUAUCAUGCUUUGUUUCAAAUGCAUCCUAACAAAGCUCCUGGGAUUGAUGGCAUGCAUGCUUUAUUUUACCAAAAAUUCUGGCAUAUUGUGGGUGAUGAUGUAGUUUCUUGUGUGCAAAAUUGGUGGCAUGGUAAUGUUGAUCUGCAGAUGCUGAACAAGACUUGCAUUACGCUUAUUCCUAAGUGCCAGCAUCCGAUCCAGAUGGGGGAUUUCCGGCCCAUCAGUCUGUGUAAUGUGCUUUACAAGGUGAUUUCGAAAGUUAUGGCUAAUAGGCUCAAAGUUAUUCUCCCUGAUUUAAUCUCUUCACAGCAAAGUGCUUUCGUUCCUGGUCGACUUAUUACGGAUAACGCAAUGAUAGCUUUUGAAAUUUUUCAUUAUAUGAAGCGUUCAGGAGACGGAAGAACAGGGUCAAUGGCCUUUAAGCUUGAUAUGAGUAAGGCUUACGACAGAGUCGAGUGGUCUUUUCUUGAGAAGGUGAUGCUUAAGUUGGGUUUCUGUGAGAGUUGGAUUCGACGGGUGAUGGUGUGUCUGUCUAGUGUUACUUAUUCGUUUAAGCUUAAUGGGAAAGUGCAGGGAAAUAUUAUACCAUCGAGGGGGCUUCGGCAGGGAGAUCCGUUGUCCCCGUAUUUAUUCCUCCUUUGUGCUGAGGCUUUUUCUGCGUUGUUGACAAGGGCUGCAGGUGAUGGGAAAAUUCAUGGAGCCAGGGUAUGUCGUUCUGCUCCUCGGAUUUCUCAUUUAUUUUUUGCUGAUGAUAGUAUUCUUUUUGCUAGAGCUACACUUCAGGAAUGCUCUAUGGUGGCUGAUAUUAUCAGUGUAUAUGAAAGAGCAUCUGGUCAGAAGAUUAAUUUUAAUAAGUCUGAAGUGUCUUUUAGCAAAAAUGUGAAUGUGACUAGAAGAUGUGAGAUUCGCAAUCUGUUUGGAGUUAAGGAGGUAGUGAAACAUGAUAAAUAUUUGGGGCUACCAACUUUGAUCGGUAGAUCCAAAAAGGCUGUAUUUUCUGUGCUUAAAGAGCGAGUCUGGAAGAAGUUGCAGGGAUGGAAGGAGAAAUUGUUAUCCAAAGCCGGAAAAGAGGUACUUAUCAAAGCGGUAAUUCAAUCUAUUCCAACCUAUAUGAUGAGUUUAUUUUCUAUUCCUGAGGGUAUUCUUGAUGAUAUAAACUCUUUGUGUGCCCGUUUCUGGUGGGGGGGUAAAGGGAUGGAAAAGAAGAUGCAUUGGGUAAGUUGGGAGAAAUUGUGUCUGCCGAAAUCCUAUGGUAGAAUGGGAUUCCGUGAUUUGAGAACUUUUAAUCAAGCUCUGUUGGCUAAGCAGGGAUGGAGGUUGAUGUGUGAUGUUGGGGGGUUGGCUCAUCAAGUUAUGCAAGCUCGCUACUUCAAGAAUGAUAACUUUGUAGAUGCGCGACGAGGUUAUGAUCCUAGUUUCGUGUGGCGGAGUAUCUGGGGAGCUAAGUCUCUGCUUCUAGAGGGAUUGAAAUGGCGGGUCGGGAAUGGAGCAAAUAUUAGAGUGUGGGAUAUGGCUUGGCUACCGGGGGACUCGGUUUCGGUGGUUCCUACCCCAAAUGUGGAGAGCCCGGGGGACUUAGUUGUGGCGGACUUGAUAGGGGAAAAUGGGUGCUGGGAUGCGGAGGCUCUGUCACUACACCUUACGGGAGGAUGCGGCAUUGGUGCGGGAUAUUCCUUUGAUUGGAUCACUCGGAUUUAUGACAUUUGCGAGUCUUGCUUGGGCUUCUUGGUCAUACGUAAUUCCGUGGUACAUGCUGACCCAUGGAAUAACUCACAGGUUGGUGCUCUUGGUUUUUUGAAGUUGGUGACAGAUUAUAAGGCCUAUGCUGGGGCGGUUUUCACUCGGAUGUCUGCUGCUACUUUUCCUCACUCGCGUGGCAGCUGGGUACCUCCUCCUGCUGCUCAUUUUCGUGUAAACACUGAUGCUGCGUUGCUGGGGGAUGAGGGAGUGGGCCUGGGUGUCGUGGUCCGGGACGAACUGGGUGUGGUACGUGCAGUAGCAGUGCGUCGAAUCCGCACGCAAUGGACAGCGGCACUGGCAGAGGCUAUGGCUGCCAAAUUUGGCCUUGUUAUUGCGCGCAAUUUGGGGUACUUGAACGUUGAACUGGAAUCGGAUGCGUUAAGCCUUGUUAAAUCUGUCCAUGGCAAGAUGAGGAAGAGCUCCUGUUGA